AUGACAACAAUGGAAGGGGCCAGCGGGUCGAGUUUUGGAAUAGACACGAUUUUGUCCAGUGCCAGUUCGGGCAGCCCCGGCAUGAUGAAUGGAGAUUUCCGCCCGCUCGGCGAGGCCAGGACCGCGGAUUUUAGGAGUCAGGCCACUCCGUCCCCCUGUUCGGAGAUUGAUACCGUAGGAACGGCGCCUUCUUCUCCCAUCUCCGUCACCAUGGAGCCCCCGGAGCCGCAUCUGGUAGCAGAAGGGCCCCAGCAUCACCACCACCUCCACCACAGCCAGCAGCCGCCGCCGCCAGCCGCGGCCCCCACGCAAAGUUUGCAGCCUUCACCCCAACAGCAGCCGCCGCCGCCGCCGCAGCAGCAGCCACCGGCCCAGCAGCUGGGCCCGGCCGCCUCGGCCCCCAGGACUUCCACCUCUUCUUUUUUAAUCAAGGACAUCUUGGGCGACAGCAAACCUCUGGCGGCGUGUGCGCCCUACAGCACCAGCGUCUCCUCUCCCCACCACACCCCGAAGCAGGAGAGCAAUGCGGCGCACGAGAGCUUCAGGCCAAAGCUGGAGCAGGAGGACAGCAAAACCAAACUCGACAAGCGGGAAGAUUCCCAGAGCGACAUCAAAUGCCACGGAACAAAGGAGGAAGGAGACCGGGAGAUUACAAGUAGCCGGGAGAGUCCCCCUGUGAGAGCCAAAAAGCCUCGAAAAGCCAGGACAGCUUUCUCUGACCAUCAACUCAAUCAACUGGAGCGUAGCUUUGAGCGGCAGAAGUACCUGAGUGUGCAGGACCGCAUGGACCUGGCAGCUGCACUCAACCUCACAGACACCCAAGUCAAGACCUGGUACCAGAACCGCAGGACCAAGUGGAAGCGGCAGACCGCGGUGGGCCUGGAGCUGCUGGCCGAGGCGGGAAACUACUCGGCCCUGCAGAGGAUGUUUCCGUCGCCUUAUUUCUACCACCCAAGCCUGCUGGGCAGCAUGGACAGCACCACGGCCGCCGCGGCCGCCGCAGCCAUGUACAGCAGCAUGUACCGGACUCCUCCCGCGCCCCACCCCCAGCUGCAGCGGCCCCUGGUGCCCCGCGUGCUCAUCCACGGCCUGGGGCCUGGGGGACAGCCGGCCCUCAAUCCCUUGUCCAACCCCAUCCCAGGCACCCCGCACCCCCGGUGA